AGAAAAAUCGGUCGGAAAAAUAAAGGCCUCAAAUGCCAUUCGGGUUGCAAUCUUCUUCUCGCAUCUGCGGUUCAGCUACUAGCACUCCCGACGCGAAGAUCUGGAGUUCUGGAGUGACUGCUUCCUCGACAAUGAUGCAGCAGCUGAGAUGGGACUCGUGUCAAUGAAUGCACCUUCUCAUAUCAUCGCUUUGCGCCGCUUUUGCUUCCAUUUCAUUCUCUGCAGGCUGCAGCCGAAGGCUCUCGCCUCUGCGGCUCCUGCGCCAUCUGUCGGGCAAGAGGGAGGGUGGAGAGCACCGUCUGUUGACAGAUGGCGUCGACAUGCCGCCACAGAUCACCGCGGGUCCUCAACGUCGAGCAUCGUGUUCGUGCGCAGCAGCCUCCGGUCAAGAGAGUCAAGGCAGCAUCAGCAAAAACCGACAACGCUGCCCCAACCACCCUUCGGACGCCUCAGCGCAAUGCAGCGAAGAGGACAGCGCAGCCGUCCUGGUCUUCUCAGCUCGAUGUGCCGGACAUCGUCGCUGCCAGUGGGAGAGGAAGGACCAGUUCGACAGCCUCACUUGUGACCGAUGUGAACCUCGCCUGGCACAAGAGGGACCCACACGAACUCGAUGCGCUGUUCGAAAGGGUGCUUGUCUCAUUCCCGCUUUUAUCGGCUGUCGAUUUGGCGACUACGGCUCACAACUUCUGCAAAGGCCAUGUCAAGAACCACGCCCUGUGGGUGCGUUUCUUCCGGCAGCUGGCUGCACGAGCAGGUGAGCUGUCAGCCCGAGAUGUGUCGCUGAUGCUCAACGUGGCGACACGAGUGGGCAUCCAUCCGCGGCACCUGGACAUGACGGAGCCCCUCGGCCCCGAGGACCCGUCACCUCUGCAGCUGCUGGCUGAACAGAGCGCUCGAUGUGCGGGAGAGAUGUCCGAACAAGGUGGGUGGGUAACUGGGGACGGAUUGACGGCGGCCAGCAUCGUGCCUGUCAAUGUAUGUUUGUCUGCAUGUCAGGACUGGGAUUGACCAUGAAUUCAUUAUCCAAGAUAUGGGGGCCCGUGACGGCGAAGAAGGCAGCAGCAGCAACAACAGACGGCAGCAGCGACGAGACUCAGCAUGAUCUCGUGAACAGCCGCCCUGUGCCUGUAUGGCUCCACAACGUCCUCGCGACCCUGACGGUCCACAUCCACAGCAAGGCCGCUGGCCGUCUGUUCAGCGCUCCGAAUGUGGCCAAUGUUCUGCUCAGCUACGGGCGCUUCGGGUACCAGCCCCGUGAGUGCAUCGAGGCGGUGAUCGGGCUGAUUCCGGACGUAAUUGGCGAGAUGACGACGCAGAACCUGGCCAAUGUGGCCACUGCACUGCCGGUAGGGAUGGGCUGGCUGAUGGAGGGAGAUUGGGAGGCUGGAGUGCGUAUGUGCGUCUGUCUUGUUCUUUCUUUCUUCAGCUGCUGAGUCUGCCGGCAUGCAGCCUGCUGCAGACAUGUGAUUUGAUCGAGCAACGUACUGUGGGGCGGCUCGACGAGUUUCGCGUGCCGGAGCUGUCAGCCAUCAGUAAGCCAGCCAGGAGCCUCCGCCACCACAGAACCGUUAAGUUGUUUCUCCCUCCUCCUUUCUUUUUGCAGCUUUGUCGCUGACGCGUCUUCGUGUGGCCGCCGUUGGCUCGUCUGACCCCUCGGGCCCCUCCCCUAGCGACCUCCUGGACAGCCUAGCGCGCCACAUCCCUCCCCGAGUGCGUGAAGGAGGGCUGAGUGCAGCUGAUCUGACCAUCCUGGCGUCCACGCUGUCGCAAGCCACACAGGAGAUCGGACAUGGGAGGUGGAGGGGCUCCAAGGGCGACCAGCGGCUGCAGGCAAAGGCGUACGCGGCCAUCGCCGAUGGGAUCUUCAAUAUGUGAGCAGUGUUAAAGGGCCAAACAACGAAGCAAUGCCCCGCCGUGUUUCCGCCUUUUCCUGUCUGACCAGGUGUGGUGACGGUAUGUCUCAUCUGAGCCUGCAGCACCUGUCUGUGUUGGUCAAUGCCUUCGCCAAGGGCGCGCUGACCAACCCAUCCUACCACCGGAGCUUCUCAGGCCAUGCUGACAGCCAGGCACCCAUCCGAUUUCUCACCCCGGUGGCAACGCGUCUUCGUCAGCUGCUACCCUCCCUGCCCCAGCCGCCUGAUCCAUCGAAUCGGCCCCUGUCGUCAGCGUCGUCUCGCGACAUUCGUGCCACGUGUCGGCAUCUGGCGAUUCUGCUGUCGGGGUGGGCCAAGAUCUUCGGGGAACUGGAGAGUGACGACGACAGGCAAAACGAUGGGAUGUCGUCAUUUGGCAUCGGGGAAUGGGUCGAGCCUGGGCUGGUGGAAGAUCUCGCGACUGAGGUGAGUGGGGAGGGAUGGGCAGCAGCACAGGGACGGAUGGAUGGAUGGAGACCGUCUUUUCUUCGGUGUUCAGGUGGCGGCGCGUGUGGACUUCUUCUCGCCGCUUCAUUUGGCGAUGGCACUCAACUCAUUGGACCUGCUGCAAGUGAGCCAGAACGCAUCGGACUUGCAGUGACCCCACAUGGAUGGAUGGAUGGAUGCCGCUUACUGCAGGCGUUGCCAUCGCCAUUGGCCUCGGCGGCUGCUGUGCGUGGCAGCGGGUGGCUGGACAGAAGCCUCGCAGACGCAAAGGAUGCCCACUCGACCUCAGGUUGGUCCUAGGGCACAAAGCAGCUUUGUUGUCUCCUUGGAAUGAUAUGUGAUUGAAUCCUUUUUUUCUGAUCGUGUGCAGAGCUUGGCGACAUGUGUCUGCUGCUGGGGAUGGCCCUCACCAACUCAGACGGACAGGUGCAAUGCUACACAAGCACGCCCACAUGCCCAAGCCCCGGCUGCCUCAUCGAGCGAUCAUCUUUGUGCUUGGUGCAGCAUCUCCAUUUCUUCCAUCGCCUAAGUGCCUUCAUCCACGCCAACCUCAGCACCAUCCCGCCCCGCGCCACGACAUUCCUUCUGUCACUGCUGUCCAAGAACAGCCCGCUGAUCCUACCUAUUACAAACCCAGCCGCUGCAGCCCCCAUCGGUGAAGACGGCCGAGUGUUGGACAGCAGCAGCUAUGGCCCCAUCACUGCCGCGAGAGAUCGUGAGGCUUUCGACGACAGUCGUGUGUUUGUGGGGCGGGUGGUGGAUGUGAUACUGAUGUCGAGUGGUGGUGGUGGUGGUGUUGAUAGGGAGAGGGCGGAUGGGAGUGUGGAUGACCCUGCGUUGGGGCAGAAGGGCAGCCAUCGGCUGCCGCCCCCCAUGGAGCAGGUCGGGCCCAUCAGGCCUCUGCAUUUGUCGGUAGGAAGACGCAAAAAUGACGACACUGUCGUGGAAGGGGCACAAGGGUUAUCGAGGUUUGUCGGCGCCGUCCUUUGUUGUGUGUGUGCAGAACUUGUUGAUAACCUUCACACAGCUGGACCUGCCUGAGUACUCGGUGAAGCUCAUGUUCCAGCUGCCCCACUCGGCCUUCCACAGCAGAGGCAUCCAGGUACGUACGAACCAACAAAGCACCAUAUUCGUCUCUUUUGUGUAUCGCCUGUCUGUCGACUGCCUCCUCUAGAAUUUGAGCCUCCUGCUGCUGAAUUCGGUGCUGUAUGCCCUCGCCAGCACCGCAGCGGCCUUCACCUCGCCAAUGCCGCCAUCGCCGACCCCUGGCAUCCGCUGUCGCUUCCCUCGUUUCACGAAAACGGCCCUGGGACUCUUCCUGGACCGCUACAAAGCGAAUGGUGCCGAUGCCAGCAAUGGUGGCAGUGGCUGGAGUGUUGAGAGGAACAGGGGGGAGAGUGAGGACGAGUCAGCCUUAUCGGGGUUUUCCGUCUGCCUGCACACACUGGUGUUGUUGGGGCCCUUGUUGGACAGGCCAGGCCAUUUGUGUGAGGGGUUAGGUCUGAGAGCUCUGCAGCUGCAGAGUUUGGUUGGGGCGAAUGAGCUGAUAAGUCGGCAGCAAGAGGGAUAGAUAGAUCGGGGUAGACGGGGGAUGGAUGGGCAAGGUGUGCGCGCUGUUUGUCGUUUGUUGAUGCGAACAUACCAUGAGCAAG